CUUUGGCAACCAUUGUUACAUCAGCCGGCAGAAAAUUAGUUGGCGUAAAGCACAAAUAAACAAAUCGGGAUGAAGUUAAGUGUCGACGGCUUACUCGUUUACUUUCCAUACGAGUACAUUUAUCCAGAACAGUAUGCAUACAUGCUGGAGUUGAAACGCACAUUGGAUGCGAAAGGCCACUGCCUGCUUGAGAUGCCUUCGGGCACAGGCAAAACUGCAACACUGCUUUCCUUAAUUGUAGCCUAUAUGAUUGAGCAUCCCGAUGUAAUUCGCAAACUAAUCUACUGUUCGCGAACAGUCCCAGAGAUCGAAAAAGUUAUUGCCGAGUUACAAAAUCUUAUGUCUUAUUAUGAAAAACAUGCGCCAGAACCGCCCGGCUUGCUGGGACUAGUACUCAGUUCACGCAAAAAUAUGUGCGUACACGCAGAAGUGAGUAAAGAGCGUGAAGGUAAGGCUGUCGAUGGUAAAUGUUAUGGUCUGACUGCGAGUUAUGUACGCGAACGACAUGAGGUAGACCCCGAAAAUACGCCAAUAUGCCAGUAUUAUGAAGGUUUCACCCUGGAGGGAAAGGAGUCACUGAUGCCGCACGGUGUUUAUAGCAUUGAUGAUCUGAAAGAAUAUGGGCGCAUGCGUAAUUGGUGUCCAUACUUUCUGGCACGCUUUGCGGUGUCCUAUGCACACAUUGUUGUCUACAGUUAUCAUUAUUUGUUGGACCCGAAAAUUGCCGAAGUCGUCUCCAAGGAGAUGACGAAACAAUGUUGCGUCGUUUUCGAUGAGGCGCAUAAUAUUGACAAUGUUUGCAUUGAUUCGAUGAGCGUGAAAAUCAAUCGACGUAUAGUGGAACGUAGUACAAAUGCGCUGAAUGAUCUGCAGAAAAGAGUACAAGAUAUGCGCGAAGAAGGCGCUAAUCGAUUGAAUGAGGAGUAUCAACGCAUGGUGCAGGGCUUAAAAGAUGCACAGGUGCAACGUGAAACGGAUAUGGUAAUGGCCAAUCCCAUAUUGCCCGCAGAUGUGCUAAAAGAGGCUGUGCCGGGAAAUAUACGAAAUGCUGACCAUUUUUUAAGUUUCCUGCGCCGCUUUGUAGAGUACAUUAAAACACGUCUGCGCGUGCAUCAUGUUGUACAGGAAUCGCCUGCUGGCUUCUUAAAAGAUGUUGCUACGAAAAUAUGUAUCGAGCGCAAGCCAUUGCGUUUCUGUGCCGAGCGUUUGGCGAGCUUGUUGAGAACGCUGGAAAUUACCGACAUGACAGAGUAUGGUGCGCUAACAUUGAUUACACAUUUUGCUACAUUAGUGUCGACCUACACAAAAGGCUUCACAAUCAUUGUUGAGCCUUUCGACGAUAAGACGCCUACAGUUAUCAAUCCGAUACUACACUUCAGCUGCUUGGACUCCUCUAUAGCCAUGGCACCAGUGUUCAAGCGCUUUCAAACAGUUGUAAUUACAUCAGGCACACUCUCGCCUAUGGAUAUGUACCCAAAAAUUUUGGAUUUCGAUCCAGUUAUAAUGAGUUCCUUUACAAUGACGCUGGCGCGUCCUUGCUUGUUACCAAUGAUUGUGUCCAAAGGAAAUGAUCAGGUCGCGAUUUCGUCGAAAUUCGAAACACGUGAAGAUACAGCGGUUAUACGCAAUUAUGGACAGCUGUUGGUAGAAACAGCAAAGACAGUGCCCGAUGGGAUUGUGUGCUUUUUUACUUCCUAUCUCUAUCUCGAAUCCGUCGUUGCUUCGUGGUACGAUCAAGGCAUUGUAGACACUUUGCUGCGUUAUAAGUUGUUAUUUAUUGAAACGCAGGAUAAUGCGGAAACCAGCUAUGCACUAAUGAACUAUGUUAAGGCUUGUGAUUGCGGUCGUGGCGCAGUGUUGCUCGCAGUUGCGCGUGGCAAAGUGUCCGAGGGUGUUGACUUCGAUCAUCAUUAUGGGCGUGCCGUUCUUAUGUUUGGUAUUCCCUAUGUCUAUACACAAUCGCGCAUACUCAAAGCGCGUCUUGACUAUCUGCGCGAUCAAUUCCAGAUAAGAGAAAAUGACUUUCUCACAUUCGAUGCAAUGCGUCAUGCGGCGCAGUGCGUGGGCCGUGCGUUGCGUGGUAAAACCGAUUACGGUAUUAUGAUAUUCGCUGACAAGCGUUUCUCGCGUCAAGAUAAACGCAGUCGUUUGCCCAAAUGGAUACAGGAACAUUUGGUGGAUAGUUUUUGUAAUUUGAGCACAGAAGAGGCCAUGCAGUUGGCACGACGCUGGCUAAGACGCAUGGCGCAACCGUUUACGCGCGAAGAUCAGCUGGGGAUCUCGCUGCUGACUUUGGAGCAAUUAGAGAACUCGGAGAAGGAGAAAUUGGAGCGCCAGGCGCAAGGCAAGGAGGGUGUUGGCGGAGAGGUGAUGGAACACUGAAAACUUAAAAUAGGAGGAAUGGAAGAUGAACAAUAAAGUGUUUCUUUUUAAGUCAA